UCUACUGAGCAAUACUUAACUUUGUUAUCCAGAUUAUAUUCACCUGUUAAAGAAACCUACAGAGUCUUUACACUCAAUCUACACAAGACAACGUCAACCUAUUAUGUAAAUAUCACAAUAGCAGAUAAUGUCACCACUGCAGAAAACCAAUCGUUUUGGGUGCAAAGGGAAAAAGGAGAAUCAGACUAUCCUGUCUAUAAUGAUGAUUCGAUAGAGUAUGUACGAUAUGCAGAUAUGUCCAAUUAUCAAAGUAAGCAAAACAGCAUAGAAUUAUAUUCUACAGUAUCAGCCGAUUCCAAAACCAUUGUGUUUCCCUACAUCAAAAACAAAUUCAUCACGCUAGACUUUACAGAUCGUGUAGACAUUCUUUCAAAAAUUCCAGCAGAAAAAGAACGGCUAUAUUCAAAUGACGGUAGAAAAACAAUACUUGAUGAAUAUUAUUAUUGGCAGGGAUACGAGGCAGUAGACGCAGAAAUUAUGGGUGUUCAAUUGAAUCAAGAAGGAGACACACUGGCAAUCUGGACAGAGCAUAAUUAUGUAUACAUAUAUGGUCGUAAUAAAAGUGAUGAAAUCGAGAAAAGACAAGGUCCUUCUUUUAUAGAGAAAUGGAUAGACUAUCUACUGUCAGAAAUGUCAGAAGAAGAGAGAGUUUUGCGAAGUCAAUACUUUCCAGCACCAUGGCAGUUGGAAAUGGUCAUUUCUCCAACAAAAGAUGAAUAUGGUCGAGUCAAGGUAAGGAAAAAGAAAAGGGGUUUGAUCAGUAAAUGA